AAACAGAAAUUGGGCUAAAGUCGAUAGAAAAUUAUCGGAUUUUUCAAAAGCAAUCGACGUUGUGUCAUACUCAAUGGGAGCGUUUUUGGUUUAACAAUAUGAAUGUGAUCUCGAACCUCAAAUUACCAAGUAUAUAGCAAAAGAUGCACGAAACCCCAUUGCGGCUAACAGAUUUAAACGUCGAUUGCCUUCUGCUGAUUUUUGACUACUGUUCGGAAGGAGAUCUUUUGUGCCUGUGCCUGGCAAACCGAUUUCUGGAGGAAGUUAUAGACACUCACAUUUACUCCCCGUUGUCCGUGGAUUUGCUCCUCUGUGGCCACCGGGAUAAUCCCACAAUCGAGCAGAGAAACCGAACCCGCCUGACCAACUAUGAACGGAUCCAAGUGUCUAAAAACUGGGUUAGUGGCACCUAUUUUGAGCGCCCCUACUUCCACCAUGUCCAGAUGUUCCCCACGAAACUCUGUCUGGAGGCCAACUAUUUGUAUAUUACCCAUGCGGGCUACCUGCGAAAGUACCGCCGUUCCAGCUGUGACGCACUGCACCGAAGAUUCGAGGAGGAGAUCAGUACGUCAACCCACAGCGACAUCUCAGAUUUUGUUAAAAAGCGGGACACCAUUUUCGCGGGAAGGGUGUGCGGAUCAUGCUUUCACUACGACGCGGAAGGCAUCACGGAACAAAGGAUGCAUCCCGCCAACGAGUAUCUGUACUGCGUGGACUUUGUCAAUGACUUGUACGCUACCAGCACCGAUCACUGCUGCAAACUGUGGCAGCGAUCUGAGGAGUUUGGACUGACGCACUUCGACAUGGUCGCGAAUCGGCCGCAUGCCUUUAAGUCCAUGGAACUAAGUUCAGAUGGCCAGUGGCUAUAUGGAGGUCUCUAUACGGACGUGGGUCGCCAGGCCCUGAGGGGGAUUCAUGUUGAAAGUGGCGAGGAAUUGGUAUUUAACUCCAACACAAUGUCCAUUUACGACCUGAAAAUGAAAGAUGAACAUGUAAUUUUCACGGCCAACUUCGACACGACAUUUCGGAUGUUUGACCGCCGCAUCGAUCGUGAUGUUGGGAUCUGGGAAGAUCCGUUCGACUCGUCGUUCUACAGCUUGGAGUACGAUGGACUUUAUGCAGUGCUCGUCGGCACCAACCGACAUGCACGGGUCAACCUCUACGAUAUAAGAAUGCAGAAGUACGUACAACUAUACUUUCCCGGACGGACGCGGCAGCACAAUGGCUUUUCACCCGUGUACAGCCUCGCCUGUGAUAGCCAAUAUAUGUUCGUAGCCACCGACCACAACCUGCGAGUCUUCGAUUUCAAAGCCAAUUGUGGGAUUCAAAGGGACUACAGCAACAUCAAUGGACUUGUCAAAAGAAAAUUAUGAAAAAUACUGGUAACUAGACAGAUUAUAUGACGUCUUAUCGGAAUGAUUGCAAAAGCAGUUUUAUCCUUUUUCCAAAAUAGUUUAAAAAAAAUUCUCUAAGAGUACUAUUUUUAGUUAAACAAAAAUUAAAUUGUAGAACGAAAACAAAGAAUGUAAGAAUUGCCAAUAUAUUAGGCUUUAAGUUUUAAAACAAACAUUAAACCAGUAAACAUUUCUAGACACGUAA